CACCCACCUCAUCACGAUCACGAACAGAGCCCAUCUUGCUCGUCGGUUUUUCACAUCUCUAUCACAUAACUCUCACAUCCAACAUUUGCUCUGCGAUCGUCACAGUGAAGAUUCCAACCGAUCACGAUUGUUCAACCAAGAGUAGCACGGCCUGCUUGAGAAGCCUGCCGCCAUGUCUAUCUUCGACUUUGCCAACCCAUACCAUGCCUAUAUCUUCGGAACAAGCUUCUGGUACUUUCUCCGCGGCAUCGUCCGUGUGAUUGACCCGGCCACCGUGUGCGACUGGUUCCGUCCGCCGUCACAAUUGGCCGAGCCUAAUGAUCUCGAGCUCUACACUACCCGCGUCGACGCCUACGGCCUGCUCGCCCUGUCCGCCCUCCUUCUCGUCCUCGCCGACGCCGUCCCGUUGCCCAACGCUCUCGUCGGCUCUACCCUGAACAGCACCUUCACCACCUCUCCCUCUGCCACCCGCACCAAACGCCCUUACGCCCCCGCCAUCAUCUUCAUCACGAUCCUGCACCACAUCUUUACCGGCAUCGGGUCAUUCUCGCACUGGAGCCGCCCUACGCACCGCACCAUCGCCAUGGACAUUGGCGUCUGGGGCAACGUGGGCCUGUCUCUGCUCGGUGUUGCCGCUUUGGUCUACUUGAACGGCGGUUCCGAGCUGGCGGGCAAAGUUGGAGAGGCAAUCAACAAGGAGAGCGACAAGUUGCAGGGACAGGCGCAGAACUUGCAGGAGCAGGCGCAGAAUGUGAUUGGCAACAUUCGCGAGGAUGUUCGCGAGGCCACUCGCAGCACUAGGAAGCGUGCCUGAUUGAGUUGCACAGAUGUGACGCUCGGCCUCGCAUUCGGUGCCACGGCGGAUCAUGAAUGAUCGCUAGCUGUUCCAGAAACGGGCUUGGGCAAACGAUGAACCGGUGAGAAUGAUACUAUGUCACUUGGGAGGUCAAGGAUACGAUUGUGAUGAAUAUGAUUAUGAGA